AUGGCUAAAGUAGGAAAGUCGACCAAAAAGUUCCAAGCUAAGCAUUUGAAGCAUACCAUUAAGGAGAGGAAAAGGGUGCAAGACCAUAAUAAGAAGAUUGCACAAAGAAAAGGUGGUAAGAAAGGAUCAACACCAUCGGUACCAGUUGACAAGAACCAAAAGAAUGCAGAAGUUUUCGACGAUGUCAAUGUUGAAGAAUUCUUUGAUAAAGAGGAGAAAAUUCCUGAAAUGAAAAAGAAAGCAGCUGUAGCAGAAGAAUCAGAGGAGGAAUCUUCGGGUGAAGAAGAAGAUAAAGAUUUGGACAUGGAUGCAUUGGCCAAGGAAGAUCCUGAAUUUUACAAGUAUUUAAAGGAUAACGACAAAGAUCUAUUAGAAUUCAAAGCAGUGAAUCCACUAGAUGCCAUCAGUGAUGAGGAAGAUGAUGAUGAGGAAGGAGACGAAGAUGAAAAUCAAGAUGCAGAAGCAUCAGCUAGUAAACAAGCUAGUGAGAGUGUGGAAGCGAGAAAAGCGAUUGUUGUGGACACCAAGCUAGUGAAGAAAUGGCAAGAAGAUCUCAAGUCUGAUACUCCUUCCAUCAAGACUUUAAAAAAUGUUGUCAUUGCUUACAAGGCAGCUAUCAAGCCAGACUCCAGAGAUGAGCAUAAAUAUGCUGUUACUGACGAAAAAGUUUUUAAAAACUUAAUGUUUGUUGUCUUGCAAGAUUUCCCUCUAGCAGUUCAAAAAUACACGCCAUUUAAGGUUUCCUCCAAUGGUAUUAGAAAUAUCUCCGGUAACAAAAAGAAAAUAGCGCAGGUUUCUUCAAUUAUUAAAGUUCAUAUACCAUCUCUAUUGACUUUACUUAGUGAUGCCUCUAAUACAGAAACAUGUGCCCUAGUUUUGCAGUCAGUCCAAGAACUGCUUCCAUACUUAAUUUCAUUCAGAAAAUUACUCAAAGCUAUCGUAAAUUCUAUUGUUGAUAUAUGGAGUUCUUCGUCAUCUCUUGAGACCCAAAUCUCUGCCUUUGCGUGGAUGAACAAUGCCUGUAAAGAGUAUCCAAAAUCUGUUCUAGAAAUUGUUCUAAGAGCUACAUAUUCUUACUUCUUGAAGAAUUGUGGUAAAACCAAUGCUCAUACUGUUCCUUUACUUAACUUCCAGAAGAAUUCUGCAGCUGAAUUAUAUAGCCUGAACCCAACUUUGGGGUAUCAGGUUGGUUUUGAAUUUAUCAGACAACUGGCACUUCAUUUAAGAGGUAGUGUUAAUAAUCCAACAAAAGACAGUUAUAAGGCCAUUUACAACUGGAAAUUCACGCAUGGUCUUGAUUUUUGGUCCAGAGUUAUUUCGGUGCAAUCGACUUUAGAAGAGAAGGAGAACCCGCUGAAGCAAUUGAUCUAUCCAUUGGUUCAAGUUACGAUUGGUACAAUCAAACUUAUUCCAACUGCACAAUUUUUCCCAUUGAGAUUUUAUCUAGUCAGAUCGUUGAUUAGACUAUCGCAACAUACUGGCGUCUACAUUCCACUAUUCCCAUUAUUGAGUGAAGUAUUACAUUCCAGCAUGUUCUCUAGAGGUCCAAAACGUGAAAACCUCCCAGCUGUUGAUUUUGAAUGUAAUAUUAAGGUCAACAAGCAAUACCUGAACACUAGAGUCUUUGUUGAUGGCGUUUGUGAAGAAUUAGUGGAACUUUUAGGUGAAUACUUUGUCUUGUACGCUAAGUCCGUUGCCUUCCCUGAACUAACUACACCACCGUUGAUCUUCUUGAGAAGGUUCAUCAAGAAGAACAGUGCCGCAAAACAUAAUGUAAAAUUCAAUAGACAAUUGACUACGUUAAUUGAUAAGCUCACUGCUAAUGCAAAAUACAUUGAAAAACACAGAGCAACCAUUGAAUAUGGACCUAAAAACAAGGUUGCAGUAAGUAAGUUUUUACAAGAAAUCAGCUGGGAUAAAACACCUUUAGGAGCAUACGUUGCUACACAAAGGUUAGUCAAGGAAGAAAAAUUAAAGCUUCUCAGAGAAUCCAUGGAAGAAGAUGGCAAGAACUCCAAAAAUAUGAAAACGGCAUUCGAUUCCGACAAAGAUAUCGAAAUGUCUGAUGCUUCCCAGGAUGAUGAUUAG